CUUGUUUGCCGCGGGCUGCCGCCGAACUGUCACAAUCGACUUUGCAUGCCAACCAGCAUGUCGGACACCAUCACAGCUCCCAACAUCACGGUCCGGUCGUGGGCGAGUGGCAAUGGCACUCUCAUUGGUCUCACCUCGGCCCUUCCUGGCCGCCUGAUCGUAUCCUACGACCCUUCUCUCAACCAAACGGCCACUGUCGUCGUGACAACGUCGUCCAACGACUUGGCCGACUUGAUCCAAACCGACAUUGUUCCCGCUGGAAAGAUCGACAUCGGCAUCGACGAACGUGGCAUUCACAUGACGGGGUCGGAUCAACAACUCAAGCUCUCCCUUGCUCAACGUGAUGUGGAUAUCACGGCGUCGCUGCUUGUCCAAGUGACGUUCAACCGUCCGAUUGCGGACUUGACCACCACUGCCGAAACCAUUGUGCAAAACGGCGCGCUGUCCCUCCAAGACACGCUCUCCAGUGUUGGGGUGACAUCGCUUGGCAGUCAUAACGUUUGGGUGGACUCUGUGAAUGCCGUCACUGUGUCCAAGCUUGAACUGACGGCGGGAGGUCGCGGGUCCGUGUUCUUGACGGCCCCUGCAGUGAUUGCCACCAAGCGCGCCAAAUUGACUGUUCUCGGCGGUGGUGCGAUCGGCGUUCAAACGGCGUCUGUCACGGCCGGUGCAUUGAAGACGUCGGUGUUGGGCUCGGGUUCGGCGUAUGUUCAUGGCACCGUGGAUGCGACGGUGUUGCAAAGUGAAGUCCUCGGGUCGGGGUCAGUGAACUACUACCCCAGUGGUCACUGCGGCAACAGCAAGAUCACGAUUCUUGGCUCUGGUAGCGCGUACACGGCGUCUUUGGCAUGCAACAAUACCAAGGUCGAUGUGCUUGGGUCGGGCUCGGCCUACGUGCAGACUGUGAACACACUCUCCCGCUCCGGGUUUGGGUCUGGUCGCAUCAACUACUUCAACAUCACGCCCGCGCAUUUGCCCAAAGAGAAGAAGCGCCAGUGGUUCUUCACUCCCAAAGCUCCCGCAGUGGUCGCAGUCACGGAGAACAAGUACAAGACAUUCGAAGUGGCUCCGGAGCCUUCGGCGUUGCAAGAAGGUGUGGCUGUGCAUGUCGUGCAACACAUUGGAUGGUUUUCAUGGCCCCCGAUUGGCAGCACCGCCGACGUUCCAAUUGUGGACUCGUCUGCUAUGACGGCUCGCCUGGGCCAUAGCACGUCGACCGAAGCAUACGGCGUGGGGGCGCUCGCCAUGAUGCUCGCCGUGGCUGUUGCAUUCGUCUUGUUCAAGAAAAAGCAACGCGGAGGCUACCAGCCGCUGUUGUAGGCCAUGCCUAGCCAUAGUGAACGUGUUGUGAUUUGCAUGCGAUGGCACAACGAAAUGUCUUUGCUGUCUGCAGAGUUGAACGCUACCCUUGGACGCCUGCAGCUGCAAUAGACGACACAGGAGACUGGAGGUGGCGUCGUGAGCGAGGUGACAUGACUCUGCAGGGGGAGAGCGCAUCUCUCUGUUCUACACGGACUACUCC